AUGCCUUCUAUAGAUUCUCCACCAACUGCAGUUGGAUGUCCAAUCCCUUCCAACACUCCACAUGCUGUCAGUGUAACACUUCCUUCAUGGGCGGCCAAUGUGGCUUAUGAAGAAGGAGAGAACUGGGUAGCAUCCAAAAUGAGCUCUGGAUAUCCUCGUUUUUUUGUUCAUCACAGGAUUCAAGCCUUGAGUGACGAAAUUGAGAGUUCAUAUGGACGAGAAGGUGAAAAGAGUCUGAUUUUCCCCAGUUAUGCCACUGCGUGUAGAUGCCGAGACUUUAUCAAAAGAUAUUCAACCUUACAACCAUGCCCUGUUCGUAUUGUUCAGUUAUCCACACCAAAACCAUCUGAGGGUCAAGAUGACGGAUCUUCUAUACAAGCCCAUAUCGCUGUGGUGUUUUUCCCUCAGUCAGAAUACUCAGUAGCUAGAAAGUACUGGCAGCAUACUGGAGAAGGUGUUUCCUCUAGGCUUGGAGAAUACUUCUUAGAGCACUGGGGCGACAAUAAUCCUCAUAAUGGUGGUGGUAAUGGGGCGAAUACUAGUUCAGGUAAAGGCUCAUACAAAGAUUUUCAUCGCCGUAGCUCACAGAGUCCAGUUCUAGAAGGACUAUCUGAAAAUUCAAACAGUAAUGCUGAUUCUAAUAAAGAACAGUCUACAUUUGUUGAAGAAAGAUUCGGUCGUAACCUGGACUUGUCAUUUGCCCCAGCUGCCAAACUGGCCCUUCGUCGUAGAAUCGCUGGUAAGAUCACUGAAAGUGGUACAAGUGCUUCUCGGCAUGGAAAUUUCGAAGAACUGAGUGAAGAUGAUGUGUAUUUAUAUGCAACUGGUAUGACGAGUAUUUACAGUGCUCACCGGGCGGUUUUAGAGGCUUUAGGAGACGGGAAAAAGAAGUCUGUGUGUUUUGGCUUUCCUUACACUGACACCUUAAAAAUCCUAGAAAAGUGGGGACCAGGCGUUCACUUUUAUGGAAACGGUGAACAGCCAGAUCUGGCCGCGCUAGAAAAGCUGCUAGAGGAUGGUGAACAAAUUGUUGCAUUAUUCUGUGAGUUCCCUUCAAACCCAUUGUUGAAAUCUCCCGACUUGGUUAAUAUCCGUCGACUGGCCGACAAGUACAAUUUCGCCGUAGUAGUUGAUGAGACUGUAGGAAACUUCGUUAACAUCCAUGUCUUGCCGUAUUCCGAUAUCGUUGUUUCCAGUCUGACAAAGGUGUUCAGUGGUGAAAGUAAUGUUAUGGGUGGUAGCCUUGUGUUAAAUCCUCGAGGAAAGCAUUUCAAAGCUCUAAAGGAUACUCUUGGCCGCCAGUAUGAGGAUAAUUUCUGGGCAGAGGAUGCUAUCUAUCUUGAGCGUAAUAGUAGAGACUUUGCCAAGCGUAACGAAAAGAUUAACAUAAAUACCGAAGCUGUUACUGAAUUACUUCGUCAAUCUCCAAUUAUCAAAGACCUUUUCUAUCCUAAAUAUGUUUCUACCAAGGAGUACUACGAUACGUGUAGAGUUGAUGGCGGAGGAUAUGGUGGUCUCUUCUCGAUUGUGUUUCACAAUCCCCAACACGCUAAGAACUUUUUCGACAGAAUGGUCAUGGCCAAGGGCCCUAGUUUGGGAACAAAUUUCACUCUCUCGUGUCCAUAUACCAUCAUUGCGCAUUACUUGGAACUAGACUUUGUAGAAAAAUUUGGUGUUGACCGCCACCUUGUGAGGAUUAGUGUCGGUCUUGAAGAAACCGAGGAACUUCUCGAGCGAUUCAGAAAAGGUUUGGAAGCAUGUGUAGAAUAA